AUGGUGUACUCGCUCGCCUAUCGGCGCCCGUCGCGCGUCUCCCACGUCUCUUCUCGCGAAUCCCUCUCCGGCGCCGAGAAGACAAAGUCCAUCCAUGAAUCUGUCCAUUCUGGCAGCAGUGGCAUGUCGCACGGAAUCCCUGAAGCGCUUUCCUUUGACCGCAUCAUCGCCGGCGGCACAUGCCCUCCAUGCACCACGCGGGACUUCAUGAACUACCUCAAGUACAUCGAGCUGGCUGCCGAGAACCUGCAGUUCUAUCUGUGGUUCCGCAGCUACACCAAGCGCUUCAACGACCUCCCCGACAACGAGAAGGCGCUUUCACCGCCAUGGACCGCGCACGAUGCCGAGCAGGAGCAGGCUCGUCCAAAGCGUGUGAGCCCCGAGACUCAGGCCAUCUUCAAGGGCACCGACUUCGCCAACGAGCCCAAGAUCGCCGAGAACGAGAAGAACCCGUUCUUCACUCCGCCGCCCGGCACCCCGAACAGUGACCUGAAGCGCGAUGGGCGAUCGUCAAUUGACUCCUACGACGGAAGCUUGACUUCUGGAGGCAAGACCGAUCACACUCAGCGUGCUACAGGUGCGUUCGAGAGUGCGGGCCUCAAGUGGAAGCCCCGCUCCAACCGCUCAUCGUCGACAGUAUCUGUUCAGCCGUAUCGUGAGGAGAUUACGCGCGUCAUCUCCAUCUACAUCGCCGAUGGUGGUACCCGCCAGCUGAACCUCUCGUCCAAGGAGCGCACUGCACUACUCCAUGCUCUUCAGAAUACCACGCAUCCGUCUGCGUUCCGCGACGUGAUUUCCACUGUUGAGUGGUCCCUGCGCUGCCAGGCCCAUCCCAACUUCAUCCGGUGGACCAUUUGCAACGGCAACCGUCCUCGCGUCGUCUUCGCUCGCGGUCUCGGCGUCGGCGGCAUUGUAGGGGGCAUUAUCGCUGCUGUCCUCAUCACACUCAGCAGCGCUGGCCGUGCCUGGCGUGUACUCUCGCUGAUCGGCUUCUUCAUUGGCAUCUCGACGUUGAUCGCCGCCUGGAAGGGAAUGUGCGUCGUCCUGCACGGCAUGCACCAUCGUCAUCUGCGACCCUGGGAACUCUUCGCUUCUGACGACGAGCCGGCCAGCUUUGACAUGAAGAGCGGCUCGUACGACAGCCUGGAGUCGCACGCCUCAAGCAACAGCUACGAGGACGAGCCGUGGGUAGCCAAGUACGAGAAGCGCAACGUUAUCCGCAAGGUCUUCGAUCGCGAAGUCUGGAUCCAGGAGCCUGCUCUUCGCCAAAUCCAGGACACCAUCUUCUUACAGGCUAUUCUCGGCGCAUUCAUCAUCUCCGCCGUCGCGGUCGGUAUCUUCUGCGCCUUGCCCAAGGGUAAUUACUUCUAG